GAGAGGCAGAGGGAGAGACACGGGUGAGGUGCUUGGAUGUACACGAACAUGCCGAGAGGAAAACGCGUGGACCAGCGAUGACAGCCAUGCUGAGCCCAAAGAUCAGACAGACCCGAAGAGCCAGGUCCAAGAGCAUGGUGAUGGGCGAGGUGUCCCGGGGCCCGUGCCGGCCGGCCUCCCCCGGCCUGCAGGAGGGGGCCCUGAAGGCGGGCUGGCUGAAGAAGCAGCGCAGCAUCAUGAAGAACUGGCAGCUGCGCUGGUUCGUGCUGCGCUCAGAUCAGCUGUUCUUCUACAAGGAUGAGGAGGAAACCAAGCCACAGGGCUGUAUUCCUCUGCAGGGAUGUCAGGUGAACGAGCUCACAGCCAAUCCGGACGAACCAGGAAGACACCUGUUUGAGAUCCUACCAGGAGGAACAGGUGAGAAGGACCGGGCCCCCAUCAGCCAUGAGUCCUUCCUGCUCAUGGCCAACUCUCAGACAGACAUGGACGACUGGGUGAAAGCCAUCCGACGGGUCAUCUGGGCGCCGUUUGGAGGAGGGAUAUUUGGCCAGCGGCUGGAGGACACAGUGCAGUAUGAGAAGAAGUUUGGACCCCGGCUGGCCCCCUUGCUGGUGGAGCAGUGUGUGGACUUCAUCAGGGAGAGGGGUCUGGAUGAGGAGGGUCUGUUCAGGAUGCCGGGACAGGCCAACCUGGUGAAGGAGCUGCAGGAGGCCUUCGACUGCGGGGACAAGCCCCUUUUUGACAGUAACACAGACAUCCACACGGUGGCGUCCUUGCUGAAGUUGUACCUGCGAGAGCUGCCUGAACCCGUCAUUCCCUUCUCCAAAUAUGAAGAUUUUCUCACCUGUGCACAGCUUUUGGCCAAAGAUGAGGAGGAGGGGGUCCAGGAGCUGGGAAGGCAGGUUAACACUCUACCUCUACCCAACUACAAUCUCCUCACGUACAUAUGCAAAUUCCUUGAUGAGGUCCAGUCUCACUGCGGUGAGAACAAGAUGGGGGUCCAGAACCUGGCCACAGUAUUUGCACCAAAUAUCCUUCGACCCAAGAUGGAAGAUCCCGUCACUAUCAUGGAAGGCACCUCUCUGGUCCAGCACCUGAUGACAAUCCUCAUCAGAGAACACAACCGCUUUUACUCAGGGAGGGACCCGGAGGUGCUCACCGUCCCCCAAACAGAGCUCCCUGUCUCGGGGCACCAGCUCCAGCACCGCAGCCUGGGAGCCUGGAUCUCAGAGGAGGACCUACAGAGCUGCCCGUUGUCCAACCCCGACCAAGAGCUGCACAGCAGCGCCUCGUCGCUGGAUGCCAAGCUGUGUGCAGCCGUCACCCCCACACAGACCCCCAACCUGAACCCUGGACCAAAGCUGGGGUCUCCGUCAGGGAAAGGAGAGCUGGUGGUCAGCCCGAGCAAACAAGGGAAGAACAUACCUUCCUGGAAGUACUCUUUUAAAAGCUCCUCGGGACCUCGGGCCCAGCCGCAAGGCAAGCUACCUAUCCCCUCUGUGGCUGAUCCAAGUGUAACUUCCUCUGGAGGUGGAGGUAACUGGCUCAUGAAUGGUUUAUCCUCCUUAAGGGGACACAGGCGCACUUCCUCAGGUGAAAGGUCCGCCAGAGAUCGUGACUCCACGGGCUCCUCUCAAAGACUCUCCACCUACGACAACGUCACCUCCUCCUCCAGCAUGGGGAGCGUUCCCAGCGUCGCCAGCACACCCUGGUCCGACUCCUCCUGCGAGAUCUCAGUCCCUGACUCGGGGAGCGAGCCCUCGCCCAACCAGAACAACUGCGGAGUAGCGGGAGAAGGUGGGGACAAAGGGGAGUGGUCGGAGAGCCAGAGGGAGAUGGACGGCGGAGGGAUGACGACGGACCCGAGCUCCGAGCAGGACAGCUGUGAGGCCAUGGAGCUGUGCAGCAGCAGCGGAGCCUGCAGCGAGAACGGGAACACCGCCAUGGCCAGCGGGGUGCCGUCCAUCAUCAUGUCCGAGGACGGAGACGGGACGAACCUGACUCUGAGCAGCCUCAUGGAGGGGCUGAAGGACGAGCUGACGAAACAGAAGACAGCAUACGAGGGCAGGAUACAAAAAUUGGAGGAGUCCAGCGUUGCUCUCUGUGCACAGAUGGAGCGUUUGGAACAAGAGAUGGAGCAGGAAAAGAAGAAGCAACGCAUGCUGGAGAUCAAACUACGAAACUCAGAGCGAGCGCGGGAGGACGCGGAGAACCGCAACCGGCUUUUGGAGAAGGAGAUGGAGGAUUUCUUUUCCACGCUGGGAGAUCUGGCUCUAGGUGCGAGGACUAGUGACAUUUGAUACGGCAUCUCACUGUGGCCAAAACUGUCAGGGUUUGUCUUUCUGGGACAAUGGGUGUCUUUGAACACAUCCUCCGUGGUGUAUCAGGGCCUUCCUUUAAGAGAAGAAACAAAACAAAACAAGGAGAUGAAGGAACCGGCCAUAUUUGUGUACAUUCAGGACAAACGGAAAUAUGGAGAUCAUAGAGGAAGCUCUGAAGCAUGCUUGAAGUGGAACGUUGAAUUAAGAUGUGAAUACACUCCUUGAUGAGUCCAGGGUUUGUCUGAUGAAGGCAGUAUGUAACAGUUCAGGUGCCUGGAGUAUGCGGCUGGUGGAAGUCAUUUUUCUGACAUUCUCUAUACUGGGGAGCACUGACAUUAACCACUACUUAUAGGGACAUUACAUGAAUGCUUUUCGUGCUGAAAGACUCCUUAGAAAUGUUGAUGUUAGCAGACAGCUGACUGAUAUUUAUCUGUAAGGAAUAGGGCUACAUUUUGGGAUAUACACUAACAAUAUUGGCCUUUUGCUGAGUGAGACAAGAGAAUAUGACUCUGAAUAUUAGCCUACUAAAGUCUGUAGGAUUAAUAUGAAGCUACAGCCAUUCAGCCUAGCUUCAACUAUAGAAAACUGGGAAUAGAGCUAUUAUAACGUGGAAAUCUGCCAACCAACACUUCUAAAUCAAACAUAUUAACAUGUUAGAUUGUGUUCAUCUAUUUCUUACAGAAAACACAUUAAUUAUAACUUGGCAAAUCUAUCUUUAGGUAAAGCUAUGCUAACUCUUUCCACUGCUUUCUAUCUUUAUGAUAAGCUAUGCUAACUCUUUCCACUGCUUUCUAUCUUUAGGUAAAGCUAUGCUAACUCUUUCCACUGCUUUCUAUCUUUAGGUAAAGCUAUGCUAACUCUUUCCACUGCUUUCUAUAUUUAGGUAAAGCUAUGCUAACUCCUUCCACUGCUUUCUAUCUUUAGGUAAAGCUAUGCUAACUCUUUCCACUGCUUUCUAUCUUUAGGUAAAGCUAUGCUAACUCUUCCACUGCUUUCUAUCUUUAGGUAAAGCUAUGCUAACUCUUUCCACUGCUUUCUAUCUUUAGGUAAAGCUAUGCUAACUCUUUCCAGUGCUUUCUAUCUUUAGGAUAAGCUAUGCUAACUCCUACCACUGCUUUCUA